GCAAAACAGAUUUGCUCUCCAUGUCACAUGAUCUCUAAAACAUGCGUUACUUCCAGGAUGUCGUGGAGAACAAACUGGACACCAAAGAGUGGCCGCACCAGUCCGAGUGUCCUGCUGCCUGGAAUGGCUCCGGGGCUGUGAGCGCACGGCAGAAGCACAGAGGCAGCACUCAGGAUGACCGCCGGACUGGCUCACGUCUCAUCAUCUUUGUUAUAGGAGGGAUCAGCUUCUCUGAGAUGCGCUGCGCCUACGAGGUCACCAGGGCAAUGAAAUCCUGCGAGGUCAUCAUUGGGUCUUCCCACAUUUUGACCCCCACCGUUCUCCUGGAUGACAUCAAGGCCCUGAGCAAAGGACCCAUGGAAAGCUUCACACUAGAGGUCGAGACCAAAGCUUGAGAAGUUCGGCCUCCACCCCGCUUGUUUCUCUACAUCCCUUAUCACUCAGCACAGCACACUUAUCUUAACUUCCUCAGUGGAAUUGUGAAGGGAAUUUCCUUACAGUCAUUUAAAUAGCUUUUCAAUCCAAGCCCAUGUUUAUAGUGCAAGGUAUGAGAUGCAGAUUUUCCACAUGAAGACCUAAGAACAUGGUGCAAUUAUGAUAUUGUGAUUUGAACAUUUGGAUUGUAUUUAAAUACUAACUGAUCUCAUCCUACUAUAACCCGUCUGUUUGUUUGUCUUAAAAAAAUAUGAUAAUGUUACAAGUUGAAAGGCUUCUAAGAGAAACCUUGAGAAACAGAAAAGUGGUGCAAAGUCGCACAUCACUGAUGUAUAUAUGUAUGUAAGCACUGAGCCCCUGCUAUGCCAUUUUGACUUUUUCACCUCUGUUCAUAAACACUUUAAUGACUUUUGAAGACUAUU